UUUAAUCGAGUUUGGGGUGGAAUCAAUGAUGUUAUUAAGAAGUACAUUACUGAAAUGAAUUUAAAAUUCGAAUUACAAUUUUCAGCAAUGGCGCGCGAGGUACGAAAACGCGAUGAAAUCAUUGCGAACCUACAGUCAAAAAUUAGAAAUAUUGAAACGAAAUCUUCCUCGCCCCGCAUAAAAAACGAUCAAGAUAAACAUGGCACAGCAAGGGAUGAUACAGACCCGAAAUCAGUAGGCCAUGCGAGUUCGAGUUCGUCGGCAGAACUUUUGUUUAUGAGAGGCGACUCAUUAGACACGGUAUUUUUGUCAUCCCCACCGCAAGUACAGCGCCACAGUUCUUCGCCAAUUUUUAAAAAGCUAUUUAAGGAUUCAUCCAGACACAUUUCCACACGCAGCUUGUACAAAAAUAACUCGGAAGAAAAUAUUGCAUUUGAAAAACUACAUAAAGGAAACUAUAUUGCUACUGUAUCAGAUGUUUCAGGAAAUUUAAAUAGGCAAGAUAGUGUUGUCCUUGAUAUUUGUGACAGUUCGAGCUCCAGCUCAUCCUCAAGUAAACUUAGUGUUAAGUAUGAAGAUAUGGAGCAAAAAAGAAACGAAAAUGUAUUUGCUAAUGUACACCAUAAUGACUGGGAGGUAAAAAUGCUUGCUGUAGAAAUGGCUAAGCAGGAAAGAAAGCGUGCAAAUUCAACAGAUUUCAAAUAUAGCAAUUCUAUUUUAAGGCGGCGUCGAAAAUUUAGUGAUACUGAAACAGAUAUUAGUGAUACAGAAGCAGAUGUUGACGCUUUAACUUCAUCUAGACCUAGAGCUUCAAGUUUGGAUCAAUUUAAUUUAAGGCAUGGUUUCGGAAAAGGCGUUUUUAAAGCAAUUAGUAUCGAUCGUGAUAAAAAUAAACUUUGAGAUUUGCCAAAAUAUUUUGUGGGGGUGAUGGUGUUGCUAGGAUUAGUCAAAACGAUUCCAAUAACAUUUGAAGUAUGACUGAAAAGUAUUUACUAAAAGACAACAUAAUGAAAAAAUUCGAAAAAUAUGAAAAAUUUUAAAAUUGACAAAUAACAAACCACGUUUUUUGUCGGAACUAGACAAAACAACGCAUGCAGAAAACAGUACUUAGACUACAUGCCGUCCAUUGUACUGUUUUCAUGUUCCUUCUAAUCCGUUUUAAACGAUUUACGAAUAAACCUAAGCAGAUUGUUGGCUCGCUACGUUAUUAAUCCGGUUCUAGCUUGUUCAGAUCGUCUUAUAUAUUUAAGAAUGCUAGAGAUAUGUGCGCACAUUUUAUGCCAGUUCUCUGUUGAUUUCAACAUGUAGUCUACAAUGAUAUUAGUUACUAUCCUAUGU